AUGCGUCUAUAUUUUGCCAAGUAUACAAAUCACCGUUUUUUCUUUGUUAGCACACUAGUGCUUGGUGCUUAUAUUUUAUCUGCCUACUUCGACGGACGAUACCAUAUACGUGAGAUAGGUGAAGAGGAUAGGGCAGCAUCGCUGUUGGACGAUGACGAGGCAAUGGAACAUUUUCCCAAGCGUGUGUCCGACAACCCUACAGCUUAUCUAGAGGCUAAAUUUGGAAAUUCAUGUUACAAACCAAGCGUAUAUUAUACUUGGGUGAAAGACUUUAUUCUUUCCUCGGACAUGAAACGAUCAGACCAACCUGACUGUCAGAAUCGACUCCCUAACGUAAUCAUGAUCGGGGCCAAAAAAUGUGCGAGCGAUGCGCUGAGAGAUUUCUUAGUACUUCAUCCGUCGAUAGUUUACGGUCGCGCGCCGGAGUACGUCGACGACGUGUUUGUUUCCGGUUCCGGAGAAACCCAUUUCUUCGAUAGGCACUAUCAACGAGGGAUUGAUUUCUACAGAAACCUGUUUCCGUUUUCUAGACCCGGAGACACGUUGGUGGAAAAGACGCCGCAAUAUUUAAAUUUCCCCGACGAUGCCCCGGCGAAAAUCUACAAUGAAGUCGGGAAGGAUACCAAAAUCGUAGCUAUUAUUUGCGAUCCAAUUCGCAGAGCCGUUUCAGACUAUGUGAUGGAACAUAAACGCGAAACAUACAAAAAGUUUGUUCCCAUGAUGCACUACAGGAUUAAAGACACGUUUGAGGAAUCCGUCCUGGAAUACGAUCGUUUUGAAAAUAUUGAUACCAACAAUGACCUCAUAAAGAUCGGUAUGUAUGCAUACCACUUAGCUCGAUGGGUUAGAUACUUUCCUCUGUCUCAAAUAUAUUUAGUAGAUGGCGGUGUAUUCAAGACAGACCCGGUCAAAGAAUUGAAGAAUCUGGAACGUUUUCUUCAGCUACCGCGAUAUUUUAAAAAAGAACAUUUCUUUCUUCACCCCAAAACUAACUUGUACUGCAGCGCCUUUCCUAUUAAACGUUGUCUGGACAAGCGCCAGAAGGGAUUACGUCACCCGGACGUCUCUGACAAAAUUGUGAAACGACUACGUGAUUUUUACAGAGCGUAUGAUAACCAGCUUUCGAUGAUGUUCAAUCGAACUUUUACGUGGAUGGACGAAGACGUAUAA